AUGAAUAUUCCUUUAAAUUUAAAAUCUGAUUUUAAUAAUUCAUCAACUUCAAAUAAUACAAAUGAUUCAUCUUUUAUUUUACCAAGAUUAUUUACUUCAUUAAUAAGUAACAAUUUUAUUAAAAAAGAAAAUAAUGGUAAUUCAAUUGAUAUCAACAAUUUUUUUAACAAUAAGGAUAAUAAAAAAGUUAAUCAUAUAGAUAAAGAAGUUAAUUUUUUUAAUAUAUGGGAUAAAGCUUUAUCACAAGUACCGUUAAAAAAUAUUAAUGGAUUUUCAUCAUUAAAAGAAUCAUACUUAGAUACAGGGGUUAAUGGAAUCACUUUUGUUGAUCUUAUCUGUACAGAAUGUGGUGUUGUCAAAAAAACAACAGAAGAUCUUGAAAUUCAUAUAAAAACUGAACACCUAAAUUGGCAUCCAUUUCAGUGCCCACUUUGUGAUAUUAAACGGGCAAGUGACAAUCAAAUGAGAGAACAUCUAUAUUCAAGUCAUAAAAAAAAAUCUAAUGAAGUAAAAUUAUUUUACAUUGAUAAUAGUGAAGCUAAACGUGUACUACAAGUAAUGUUAGACAAAAGUUUUUAUAGUUUUAUUGAAAAAAAUAAAAAUAAUGUUGAUGGAGUAUCAAUGGUAAAAGAAACAAAUCAUUCACCUAAAAAUAAUUAUAUAUUAAAAAAUCAAAAAGAAAUUUCUAAACAAUUAAAGGGAAAUGAUAAUAUGUCAUUGGGUAAUUCUAUUUAUAUGGAAAAUUUAAUUACUAAAAUAAAUGAAAUAUUAAAUUCUAGUAAUUCUAAUGUUAUCAAUAAUUUAAUGCUUUCAAAAGUUAAUAAUAACAAUUUAAAAUUUGAUAAUUUAAUAAAUCAAUUAGUAAAAAGUACAAAUAAUAAUAGAAAUAUACCUUCAAAAUCAAUGGAAACAUCAACUUCUAAUUCAUCUAAUCAAUCAUUAUUAAAUAAUAUUUUUUCAACACAUUUUAAAUUACCAUCAACAGAACCAACAUCAGAAAGUAAGGAUGAGGAAAUUACAAGAAGACAAAAAAUGCUUAAAAAACGUGUUCUAGGUUUAUGUAAACGUUGUAAAAAACCUAUUACAGCUGGUUCAAGGCAAAUACAUAUAUUUUAUCACAUGGCUAAAGAGUAUUCACAAUAUAGAUUUCGUUGUAAACAUGAUGGUUGUACUAUUGCACAUUACAGAAAAGAUCAAUUAGAAUCUCAUCAUUUAAAGGUACAUGGUGAAAUUAAUAUUGAUAUGAUUGAGGAUCGUUCAUCUGAGUUACAGGAUGCCUGUCAAGAAUUGUCAAUGCAACUACUAGGAACAUGUAAUAAUAAUCCUGGUCCUUCAGCAUUUGAAGCACAGGUAAUAUAUGAUAAACAACAGGAGGAGGCAGCAAAUCGUGUACCAAGAAAAAGACAAAAAUUGUCAGAAAAUAUUAAUAUAUUAGAUAAUGAAAAAAAGAUAAAUGAAAAUUUUGGUGAUUCAUUAAAAGAUAUGUUAGAAUGUAAUUUGUGUCAAAAAAAAAUUUUAUCAAGAAUUAAAGGUUUCCAUGUAUUAUGGCAUUUAGGAAAAGAAAAAGGAAUUCCAAGAUAUGCAUGUAAACUUUGUGAUUUUAAACAUGAUCGGGCAGUUAACGUUCACCGCCACACGUGGAUGGUUCAUGAAGUGUCAAAUGCAUGUGAAGAUAUGAUUGUUAAACAUUCGGAUGAUAUGCGUGCAAUGUCAGAAGCCUGUUUUGGUAUUGUAGCAAUUUCACUUAAUAAUGAUGACAAUCAUAAUACAAAUCAAAGAAUAACACCAUUUUCAAAGUUGUCCGGAGAGAUGCUUUUAGAGAUGUUAAAAAAAGAAAAAAAUGAUACAACAGUUACAGAUGAUAAACAUUCAUUAUGUAAUGAAAAAAAAGACUCAAGUAAUGAUGAUGAUGAAUUUGAGGAAAAUGGAAGCAUUAAUUCACCAUUAUCAGAGUAG